AUGAGCAGCCUCUCGGACCAAAGAAAAGAUCUUGCAGGGAUGAGAAUGCAUAUCUUUGUUUCCCCUGCACAAACUGCCUUUUACAUUAUCCUGGUGAUAAUGGGAAUUCUGGGCAAUACCACUGUGAUUCUGGUCAUUGGUAAGAGCAUAAUCUUGGAGCAUAACUGGGGACGUAACUCUGACAUCAUCAUCGUUAACAUGGCAAUGUCUAACUUGCUGGUAUCACUACUGAGGAACACACUCCUUAUCAUCUCAGAGUUUGGACUGCAGAUAUAUACAGCCAAAGGGUUUUGUCAGUUGCUAAUGGGAAUGUCGGUGUGGCUGCGGUCAGUCAAUGCGUGGUCAACACUUUUCCUCAGUGCGUUCCACCUCCAGACGUUGAAGCGUGUGGCUCCUGGUGCUACAAAUGGGCCCCGGGGUGCUCCUAAGACCCUCCUGAUGUGCCUGGGCCUCAUCUGGAUUGGUAACCUUAUUUACUCGAUUCCAGCUCAUAUAUUUUCCUCUAAUGGGAACAAGAACACUACAGAGACAUUGAUGCUGGUGAGCAGCACAACACGCCCUCUGCUGGGCUGUGUGUGGAACUUUCCCUCCACCAUUGGCCUGGCCUACGCCACCACAUCUUUGGUGAUACAUGAAAUGAUUCCUUUAAUCUUGAUGGCCAUUACAAACCUAACCUCGCUUUACACCCUCUACACCCAUGGUCGGAAUCCACAGAAAGACGCACCGGUAUUAAAGCGGGUGCCAGCCGAGAAACGAGCAGCCAAGGUGAUUCUCACCCUCAUACUACUCUUCAUCCUCUCAUGGGGGACCAGUGUUAUCUCUGUCAACUACUUCAACUACAACCGUGGCUCCUCAGCCAAUUAUCUGAUGGUCAUUGCUCGUUUUGCCAACAUCAUCUUCAUUGCCUUGUCACCUGUCAUUCUGGCGGUCGGCCACCGGCAGCUUCGUUCUUGUAUCAAGUCCACACUCGUGCACUGA